AUGGAUAUGCGUAAAUUCUUUGCACCUGUUACCACGAAUUUGAAAACUGCAGAAAAUGACAACUCUAGUCUUCCCGAGCAGUCGGUGCCAGCGAUAGUAAUUGAUAAUAAACAGGAAGACACGUCUUCUGAAUCUAGAGGCGAACACGAGCAGGACAUCCCAGAUGAACCGUAUCAACCAGAUGUCAGCUGUAUUCCAUCACAGAAACUUGCGACGAAAAAUCUUAAAUUUCAGCAACGCUGGUUCUCCAACUAUCAUUGGUUGCACUUCGACUCAAAAACUGGAGGGGUUCUGUGUCAUGUAUGCAUUACAGCAAAACGGAAGAAGCUGUCCGAGCUCACUAAAUGUGGAGAGGAGUCUUUUGUUGCAAGAGGUUUUACGAAUUGGAAGAAGGCCAUCGAGAAGUUUGAUGUACAUGAGAAGUCAAACAGUCAUCGCUUAUCGCUAGAGAACAUCAAGUUUCACAAGACGCAGCAAUCUGUUAGCGCUCAGAUCAGCAGUGGUGUGCUCGCCGAUCAAGGUCAAGCUCGAGUGGCGCUAGUGAAGCUGAUCUCCACGUUGAUGUUUGUGGCAGAACAAGGACUUCCACUCCGUGGUAAAGAAUCAUCGGAAGGCAACUACAAGAAACUACUUGAACUUCGUGCAGAAGACGUUGCAGCAUUAAAGAGCUGGCUAGCCCGGAAGCAAAACUUCACGAGCGGGGAAAUACAGAAUGAACUGCUGCAAAUAAUGAGCCAUACAGUAUUGAGAGAACUGUGUAAAGAUGUUCGAACCAUGUCCAGUCUGUUCGGAAUAAUAGUGGAUGGCACUCAGGAUAUACAAGGCAUCGAACAGGAAUCCAUAUGUGUACGCUAUGUGACUGACAACUUGAUGUGA